AUGACAUUAAGAAUCGGUAUAAAGCUUGCUGACUUGCGCGAAUACUGUUUGCUUCGCUAUCACGGCAUUCGCCAAGUCACGCAUGGUGGUAGUGGCGGUGUUGGUGUUGGUGGCGGUGGUGGUUUUCGUGGUGGUGGUGGUGGUGGUGUUGGUGGUGGUAGUGGUAGUGGUAGUUUCGGUUGUGGUGGUGUUGGUGGUUGUGGUGAUGCUUUUGGUGACGGUGGCUGGGUUGUGGCCCGACUGCAAGGGCAACAAAAUACUUCAUGGUACAGUAGGUUACCUAACUCAUGA